AUGGCGGCUGCGAGGCCCCAGUGAGCGCCCAGCCACCAGCCAGCGGAGAGCGGUGAUGCGCCAUGCUGUCCUACAUGCUGCCGGUGGAGGAGAAGCCGCCGCUGCCCAAGAACAUGCAGCUGCAGCUGGAGCUGCGCGGCGUGCGCGCCAGCGCCACCGACAGUAGCGUCAGCACCACCAGCAGCUCCGCCGACACCAACACCAGCACCAGCACCAGCGCCACGGCCACGGCGGGCACGCCCACGCCCACCGCCGACCCCGCGCCGGCGCCGCCGCCCGCCAAGACGCACCGCAACAAGCUCGUCGUCAACGGCACCAAGCACCCCCCGCUCAAAAGGGUGUCCUUCGGCAGCUCCAAGGGCUCUAUGGUGGAGACGCUCAUCUACGAGAGCCCUGUUCAGGAGGAGCCGGAGGCGAGCCCCAUCCUGGAGGACGCGACCCCUUUCCCGGCGGACGCCGACUCCGAAUCGGAGCCGAGCAAGCGAGUGCGGGUGACGUUCUUCGAGUCGCUGCGGCCGCUGGUGGUGAGCUCGCCGUCGCCGGAGCCGAACGCAGACCUGGUGGAGCCGGCGCCGCUGCAUGCGGUCACGCCCCUCGCCGUAACCAUGGCCACCGCCGUCACCGAGCACACGACCGUCUACACGCGCCAGGAGAGCACGGACAGCGGCUGGGACAACCCGUUCCGCCCGGAUGGUGACCUGAGCCGCGAGGCAGAUGAGAUAGUGGAGCUGAUCAAGGGCGGCAAGCCCAUCACGCCGACGCCGGGCAGCACGGCGCCACAGCUGCCGGAGCCCGCCGCUGCCGCCAGCGCUAUCGCCGGCGACGGCAAGGCGGUGGCAGCGAACGCGGACGGCGCGCAGUCGCCGCAGCUGCAGCAGCAGCAACAGCAGCUGCAGGCCGCCAGCCCCCAGCUGGCCGCCAAGCAGGCGUCGCCGCUGCAGCAGCAGGUGGCCAACAGCAAGCCCGCCGCGGGCGCCGGCGCCAACGGCAAUGCCCCCGGGGCCGCUGCCAACGCCGCCCCCGACAGCAAGCCGGCGGCGGUGGAGGUGCAGCGCGGCACUGUCGUCCAACCCAGCGACGCCUCCCAGGUGGAGCACGUCGUCAUCAAGAAGAAGCCCAAGUGCAAGUGCUGCGUCAUACAGUAGACGGCCGACCGCCUCCACCAUCCACUCGAAUCGCACUGCACGGAGUGAACAUUUGCGAUGGCUUUCUCGUCACUUCUCCUCGGUCCAGUAAACUUUUCACGAAUCUCGCUAAACGGACAAAACCAUCCGCGCGUCGGAAACGCGUAUUUGACGGACGAAGCAGUUCGGAGAGAUUACGUAUGCGAGAAUUUAAAAUUUCGUUGCAGACCGUUCAGUCACAGAGUAAAUUUUUAAGCGUACGACUAACAAUAUUUCCACUUUGAAUUCUUCUCCAAACGACACAAGAUUACAAGAGUUAUUACCCACUUCAGUUUCAUUAAAGGGUUUUUGCAAAUAAGUGCAUCACAUUGUCAAACACAAUUUGCUGCAGAGAAAUUUUUUUAAAAAUAAAGUUUGACCAUCAGUUCUCGAUGAAUUGUAUAAUAAGAAACUGACCAUUAGAAACAUAACUGCACUUUGCACUACACUAUCAGAAUAGAGAAAACUCAAAAAAAAAACAUAACACGCAAAUGUUCACUGCCACACUGAGGACCAUUAUCUGCUGUUUCAUCUCUCCUCAUUUACCUU